AUGCCGUUUUGCUCCCAUAACCCGUGUCUGCGACAUUCUCCGGCUUUGCUCUUCCGCCGUCCGAUAACACGGCUCCGUCCCAGCAGCAACAGCAGCAGCUUCUCCUCUACAGCUCUCCGCGCCACAGCCCAAACAUACUAUGAUAUACUCGGCGUGCCAGUCACUGCGACGACAGAUGAGAUUAAAAAAAAGUUCUACGUGCUCUCCCUAGCCCAUCACCCGGAUAGAAACAAGGAACCAGGAGCAGCAGAUAAAUUCUCCUCGAUAUCGUCGGCCUAUCAUGUCCUCGCUAACCCCAAGAAGCGCGCUCGAUAUGACCGAGAGAACAGCAUUCGCAUUCCUUCCGCUUCAGGUACAGCUACCAGGCCUGGAACGGGCAGUUUCUCGUCGGCUUCAGCUUCAGCGGGGGUCUCGCAGUUUGGUUCACGCCCUGCCUCGGGACUAAGUAAGCGCCGGGGAACGUUCAAGGGACCCCCGCCUAGCUUUUAUGCGCAUGGUGGGUACGGGACGAGCCAGAGACAGUCGCAUGAGCACCAGCCUGGGCCGCACCAGCAGGAGCACCCCGAGUACCAUCAUUCUGAUGUUCCGCAUUUCGACGCGAGGUCACAUCGACGGACUCAGUCGCAUGAGGAUAUGAGGCGGCGGGCGAGAAGGGCCAAGAGCGUGGAAGAGCAGAAGAGACGAGUUGCGGAGGGACAGUCAUUAGGAGGCGGGUACGAUGGGGGAAGCAUGACGGUGAGGUUUUUAGUUAUAUCGGGGAUUUUGGCUGUGGCCAUGCUGAGUGCCAGUUUUGCAAGGACGAAAGUGGAAGAGCCUGGUUUACGGGAGCUAUCGGCGAGACAGAAAGAAUCUCGCACCAAGUAG